UGUUUCGUUUUUUUUUUUUAGCUAAAAUAUCAGUAGCAUCAUGAUUUUGCAUCAGAUUCUGCGAUUUUCUUCCCUUUUUCGCUCUGCUGUUUCCAUCCACUUGCGGAGAAACAUUGGGCUUUCAGCUAUUGUCUUUAAUAAGACAAAAGAGCUUGAUCCAGUUCAGAAGCUCUUCGUGGACAAGAUCAGAGAAUACAACACAAAGAGCAAGCAAGCUGGAGGGCCUGUUGAUGCAGGCCCUGAGUUUCAGAAAGACAUGAAUGAAUCGCUUGCUAGACUUCAACGGGCAUAUGGUGAGGGAGAUCUAACCAAGUUUCCAGAAUUUAAAUUUGAGG